UGUCCCAUUCUUUUAGAUCUUGAAUCCUGGCUAACCCGGUCUAGGUGGUCAAAUCGGACACCGCAAGUACGACUGUCCUGAGCAGCGCAACUUCACCGCCAACAUCAUCUGUCGCGUCUGUGGCAACGCUGGCCACAUGGCUCGCGAUUGUCCUGACCGCCAGAGAGGCUCCGACUGGCGCAACAACAACAGUGGUGGCUUCGGCGGUCCCCGCAGGGCCAUUGGCGGCGGUGACGCUGUUGACCGUGAGAUGGAGCAACUCAUGCAAGAAUUGUCUGGUGGUGCACCCGGUGAAGACGGCCACGUGCCUCGUCGGAUCGAGGCUGGCCCCGAUCAAGGCUAUGAUGACCGUGAUGCGAAGCCGUGGCAGCGCGGACCUCCGCCCAGCGACGUGGCUCCCUGGCAGCAGCGAGGCCGCGAUCGCCGUGACGACUACGCCCCCCGUGACCAUGGCAGUGCCCCUCCAUGGGCUGCACAGAACCGCGGUGGUGGUGGUGGCGACUACGGCUAUGGCUCGCACGGUGGCUAUGGCGCUCCUGGGGCUGCUGCUGCUGCUCCUUGGCAACAGCAGGCUCAGGCUCCGCCACCACCCCCUGGCGGACAGGCAUCGUAUGGAUACGGAGCCUAUCCUGCUUACCCCGGCAUGAGCGCCCCUGGUGCUCCUCCGGGCCUGGGCGCGCCUCCGCCGCCGCCGGGUAUGCCUUCGAUGUAUUAUGCCUCGGGUGGCAGCCCUCCCCCUCCGCCUCCUGGCGAGGGGCCCCCGCCUCCGCCGCCUAGCGAACAGCCCCCGCCCCCUCCCCCUCCCGCCUAGAGGGGACGUGAUGAUAAAAAUGGUUGAUGUUGUUGAUUGGAACGCUAACGAGGGAUACCGGUAAGAGGAUUUGGCCGGGA